AUGGACCAGGAUUUACACCGAGCAAGUCAAAAGUCAACUUUUCCAAAAUGGGAUGGCGAAAGUUACAGGGGCAAGAUAAAGAAAAGAUUCUCUCUCUCCCCCUUCUCCCUUAAUUUAUCUGCUCUCCUUUCUUCCAUUUUCACUCCCUCUCUCUCUCGCCUUUUUCAUUCCUUUCUCUUAACAAAUCCAUCGACAAAGAAACAGAUAUAUAACACACGAUGUUGCUCGGAAAACGAACACGCCAGCCGAUCAAGAGAACCACAAGCAUGUCGGCGAUCACCGUCGAUACGUCCAACGUGGAGGAAGUCAUCGAGCAAAACCCAAUUGUAUCCGAUCCUCCCCCCUCAACACCGUGAAUUCCCCGACGGUAACUCCCGUUACGACCAACGUUUCUUGGCCACGGUGUCUCCCAGAAACCCAGCUUCUGCAAGAUCAGCUUUUACUAACGGUGUAGUCGACGGGACCACAACCGCAUCUCCUUUUUUGCAAUCUUGUUGGCUUUGUAAUCGCCGCUUAGCUCCUGGUCGUGACAUAUAUAUGUAUAGAGGGGAUACGGCGUUUUGUAGUCUCGAGUGCAGAGAAAAGCAGAUGAAGAAGGACGAAAGAAAAGAAAAGAAUGCAAUUGCAGCGGCUUCAAAGAGAGAGGACCGCCAUGCCCAUGCCUCUUCAACCACCUCCAAGACCUCUAAAGCCGAACCAUUGGUUGCUGUUUGAGCUUUGAAGAAAGUAGAUCUAGUAAUAUGAUAGAAAUCCAACCCCCCGAAUGUAGA